AUGCAAUCCCCGGUGCUACUAUCCCCACAGCAAACGAUACCACCUCAACUGCCAGCUCCUCCAAUUUCCGUGUCGACCCCGGUGACGGCUCCUUCCGGAUUCCAGCAUUUGUUGCACUUCCUGGGCACACUGGGAAAGAACGGCGUCGUCGACGGGGCCCUUGCCCCAAAAUCUGCCACCACAGCCACUGCAGCCAUCGACAUGGGCAAUAUGAUGCAGUCCAAU